AUGUCGUAUACAAAUCAUUCUCUGACUAAUGGCACUGCUGGACAGCAGUAUCAGGGGAUACUGGAGAGAGUGUUGUUUUCCACCCUGACUACAGUUCCAUGCUGUGUGUUUCUCUUCAUCAAUGGGACCAUGUUAUUCACCCUGAGGAGUAAACCAGUGUUUCGUGAGACCUCCCGUUACAUUCUCCUGUACAAUCUCCUUUUUGCAGACACUGCUCAGAUGGCACUGAGCCAGUUACUGUACCUACUGGCUGCUUGUAGAGUAAAGCUGACAUAUCCUGUGUGUGGUGUUCUCAGCAUGCUUGCUGAUCUGACAAAUGAAGUCUCUCCAUUCACAUUGAUGGUGAUGUCUCUGGAGAGAUAUGUAGCUGUGUGCUACCCACUGAGGCACGCUACCAUCAUCACCAUCAGAAACACAGCGGUGGCUAUCAUUGUGGUUUGGGCCUUCAGUUCAUUAAAUGUCCUCACUCGAGUUGUUUUGCUUUUAGAAUUUCCAUUUAAAGACUUGGAGAGCCUGCAGAUGAAGGACUUUUGCUCUGACAUAGCUAUGUUGAUUGGAUCUAUGUCUGAUCUUUAUGACAAAGCCUACACUUGUUUUCUGUUUAUAUCAGCUACUGUCGCGAUUACUUCUUCCUAUGUUGGUGUGAUGAUAGCAGCCAGGUCAGCCUCUACAGACAAAGCUUCAGCUCGUAAGGCUCGUAACACACUGCUGCUGCAUCUGGUGCAGCUGGGUCUCAGUCUCUCUGCAACCAUUUACAACCCCAUACUUAUAGGUGUUUCAAGAAUUGUAACAAGGAUAGUAUUUGUGCGAGUCCAGAAUGUUUUUUAUGUAUGUAUUUUCAUUUUCCCCAGAUGUCUGAGUUCUCUCAUCUAUGGCAUCAGAGAUCAGACCAUCAGACCAGCUCUCAUGUACCAUCUAUGCUGUCGACUUAAACUCACAGUUGUUCCAGCCAAGGCUGGGGUCUAA